AUGGAUCCUAGCAGUGAUUACUACUUCCUCAGUGAUGCUCUGGGAAGAACAGUGGAAAUCACACUGAAAUGUGGCAUAUUCCAAGGAGUACUGCAACAUGUGGAUUCCAACCGAAGUAUCUUGAUAAACAGAGUUAAGAACUUGGAAAAUGGCAGAUGUAUUCCAGGAGUGAAGAUGUUUUUUGGUCAUGAAAUUGUGAAUGUGCAGUUGCUUGAUGAAUCAAAUAAAUGUGGUGCAGAAGGAAUGGAAACUCCUACCAGUGCCAAUAAUUAUGUCUUGUACAGCAGGGAAAAUCCAGUGACUAGAAUGGCUGCCAAGAACAGAGAAGAAUCACUGAAGCAGAACAAUCAGGUUUCUAAUGCCGCUUCCCAAAAGACAAAGCAUCUCAACCUGUGUCACUUCAAAUCUACCUGUUCAGAUGACGACACAGAGGAGGCUAUAGAAUACAUUGUCAUUGAUCAGUUCCAAAGGAAAUUUGGUUCUGCUAUGAUGCACAUCAAAAAGCAAAAUGUUUGUGCUAUAGCAGCAGAGGGUGUCAAUCUGUGUCGUCAUGGAAAACUCUCUUGGCUGCAGGUAGCAACAAGGAGCCAUGUUUUCUUAUUUGAUAUUUUCCUUCUGGGAGCUCGAGUGUUUAAGAAUGGCCUCCAAAUGAUACUGGAAGAUAGGAACAUUUUGAAAGUUAUCCAUGACUGCCGGUGGCUUUCUGAUUGCCUUUCUCAUCAGUAUGGAAUUAUGCUGUCCAAUGUCUUUGAUACACAGGUUGCUGAUGUCUUGUACUUUUCAAUGGAAACAGGUGGUUUCCUUCCAAACUGUAUUUGCACUCUACAAGAAUGCUUGAUGCAACACCUGGGAUUGCCCUACAAACAAGUCUCUUUCAUGGUACGAAGGCAGCAUGCAGUUGAGAGAAACCCUGAGGUGUGGUUUGUGAGACCCCUUCCACCUGCAUUGCUGAAUGUGUUGGCUCUGGAAACAUUUUACCUUCUCCCUCUUCGUAUGAUGCUCCUGGAUGAAAUUAUGUCUGAUCUAACAGCUUUGGUUGAUGGAUACCUAAAUGCAUUUCGAGAAGGGUCUGCAGACCCACUGGGGAGCACAGAGUUCUCUUGCAUGGAGCUACCACAAGAGCUACGACAAUUGGCAAAUUUUCACAAGCUACAAAGGGAAAAAGCAGUGCAGAAGUUUCAACAGAAUGAAGAAGGCCUCCUCAUUAGGAAACCAGCGGAGACUCUGGAAAGAAAGACAGCAAGAAAGGAAGCAAACGAAAGAGAAAGCACUGGCUUAAUUUCUUCAAAUAGGGCUGCAUACCUUACAACAUUUAGUGUCAGCCCUGUCCAUUUCUUGGGUCCAGUUAAUCAGGACAACUCUGUAAAAGAAGAGUGGAAGACAAAUAACUGGGAUAGUCAUAGCACCACGGCUGGGGGUAGUAAUGUGAACUCUGAAAUAGAAACAAUGGAUUCUGUCAGCUGGGAGCAGUUCCAGAGGCAAUGUUGUACAUCUGUGUCAGAAGAGACUAAGGCAAGGGAAAAGGAACAGUCUCCAAAGUUCAACCUACAAAGAAAGGCUGCUGUGAUUUUAAAAGAGGAAAUCAAACAAUCAAUAGACAAGGAUGAAGUCAUAACAAAUACUGCAAUUUCUGCCCCUUUAUUUCAAAAAAUGAAUAGUUCUCCGGUCUCAUUUCAAGGGGGAAAAUUGCCCUCACCUUCUGUAGAGCCAUUUUACCAAGCUCUGUCAAACACUGCAGAGUUAGAAUCCGCCCUUUCAAAAGCAACUUGA